AUGGAUCCAACAGAACAAUGUUUCAGAACCAACUUGGCGAAGGCUUUACCCAGUCUAUCAACCGCCACAAAAGCCGUACACGCAGAUGAUGUCCUCAACAAUGUCGACGACGUGGCACCGCCGAUUCACGUUGCCGCGACCUUCCGCUAUCCACGAAAUCCAGAGUGCAUGCGAGAACACCACGAGAGACCUUCCUAUCCAGUCCUAGACGUUGGGGAGCACUGCUACUCGAGACAAUCCACGCCAGGAUUAUCGCGCCUUGAAGCCGUCUUGUCUUCUGUUCUAGGACAACCCUGCCUUGCCUACUCUUCUGGUCUUGCGGCAUUUCAUGCUUUGCUGAUCAUGUUGAAACCUAAGAAAGUCUCUAUCGGUGUCGGAUACCACGGAUGUCAUGGGACCCUCGAGCUUUAUGCCCGUUCGUCUGGUACAGAGAUACUCUCUCUCGACUGUGCCGUCGACCAAUUAGGUUCCGGCGACUUGAUACACCUCGAGACACCUGUUAAUCCGACAGGAAAAGCAUUUGACAUUCAGUAUUACGCAGACCGCGCCCAUUCCAGAGGUGCCUAUCUCAGCGUAGACUCGACAUUUGCUCCUCCCCCACUUCAAGACGCAUUCAUUCAGGGUGCAGAUAUUGUUAUGCACUCUGGCACAAAAUACAUCGGAGGCCAUUCUGAUUUCCUAUGUGGUAUUCUGGCGGUCAAGAGUGGCAGCCCCGGUGAUGAAUGGCUGCAGCAACUUCAUCGGGAUCGAUUGUACCUUGGGUCUGUCAUGGCAGGUUUCGACAGCUGGCUUGCAACUAGGAGCAUCCGCACUCUAGAGAUGAGAGUUCUCAAACAAAGCCAGUCAGCCGAGGCCAUCGUUAGUGCAUUGAGACUUGGAUUGGUAGGGUCUUGUCGGCAGCCACCCUCGAUAGGUCUCAGCGAGAAAGAAACUAAGAUCAUCCAGAAAGUGGUUAAAGAGGUUCACCACGCCAGCCUGCAAGACGAAGCUAAUAUGAAAGGAAGUUGGCUGCAAAAACAAAUGCCCCGAGGAUAUGGACCUGUGUUUUCUCUAACGCUCCGCAAGGUGGAAUAUGCCCGGAAACUUCCGUCCAAGUUGAUGCUGUUCCAUCACGCAACCAGCCUCGGCGGUGUAGAAAGUUUGAUUGAGUGGAGGACAAUGACGGAUUCGACUGUGACAAAAGACUUCUUGAGAGUGAGCAUUGGCGUGGAGGAUCCAGAAGACCUUUUGGCGGAUCUACUUCGAGGCAUGGGAGCUGUUAUGGCUGAGACUAGUUGA